AUGUCCCCAUUCAUUCCUCACCUAAUUCUGCGUGACAUUUUCCUUUACCUCUCGUCAGAGGAUUCUUCGAUAGCCCUUUCUGCCCUUCAUUCAUGUAUGCUAGUAAAUCAUCACUGGUGCUCAAACGCAGUUCCCAUCUACUGGUCCAAACCAUUCCGUCAUACAUCCGCUUCGCUUAUCAACACAUUUCUUCAUUCACUUUCCUCAUCAGAGCGCGAUGCAAUUACGCGAGUACACGAUAUUUCUCUUCCAACAACCAAACCAUACCACAACUAUCCACUAUACCUGAGAGAUUUUGAUUACUGGGCUUUUAUGAAAUCGAUUAAAGCGUAUAUUGCAAAAGCAACGAUGACAACAACCAAAGGCAACGAGUCGAAUACAUUGAAUGGGGCCAGAGGCAGAAGAAGAGAAACACACAAGUCUGAUUACGAAAAUUUACGCCACGUAAUGUCAACUGAAAUUAUGAAGAUGUUUAUUCGAGUGGGCGUAAAACUCUAUCACCUAAGAGUCCUUACAUGGGAAGAUCAAUUGGACAGUAACGAAUAUUUAUUACUCUUACAACCAGAAUUACACUCGCUUUUAACCCCCGUAAGAGAACUCGAAAUAGCAGCCUGCUACCAAAAGUCUGUCUUUCUAUCAUCCCUAGCGAAAAUAUGCCGCAAUAUACUUUCUAUGCAUUUAACCUUAGCCAAUUGGGGUUCCCCCGAGGACAACGGGAAAGCGGAAAUGCUCGGCUUGUCUGAGCUCAUAAAGGCUCAAAAUUCUCUAACACGAAUACAAUUUUGGACAUUCAGGCAUUACGGAGCUAACAUAGGAUAUGUAUUAGAAGCAAUUCAGACACAGGCCGAGUUUUUAACAGAUAUACAUUUUCACGAUGUCAAUUUUACGGCUACAAAGCCGUUAAAUAAUAUUGCAGCAUGUUAUAAUUUAGAGCGACUAACGCUCAAAGGUUGCGAUCUUAACGGUAGUGCAGUAUCGCCGCUGUUAUAUGCAAGGUUUCCUAGAUUAGGUAGGGUAGAGGGGUGA